AUGUGUUUGCAAAACCGCUACAAGACUGCUUCCUCGCGGACAACUGUGUGGGAAAUGUUAACAGAGAUGGCAAACUUGUCACAUACUCACAAUUCCUUUAUCCAGACAUGUUUUAAUUCAAGUCAUUUCUAUGGAGACAUAAGGAACUGGCGAGUGGUUCUGUCCGAGGACAACCUGGAAGUGGAAUCAGGCCGCGAGAUGUACAGGAGGAUCGCAAGGAUUGUCAGUCACCCCGGUUACAUCAGAACCAGCAACUUCCCUAACGAUGUCGCCAUGUUACAACUGGAUGAGCCUGUUGACGUCACUUCCGGCGAUGCUCGUGUGGCGUGCCUCCCCACGGACGAGGAACUGUCUCUUCUGGACAACUCCAAGUGCUGGAUCAGCGGCUGGGGCGAGACAAGAGGUUCUGGGGGUCAGGAGAACGCAAAGAACGAGUUGAAUGUGGAAAUCCUUCCCAACUGGCUGUGUUCGUCCAUGUGGAGGCGCGUGGAUAUACACGUGCUGGACGACCAAGUGUGUGUCGGAAACGGAGAAACUGGAGCCUGUUUCGGUGAUUCUGGUGGCCCACUGAUGUGCGAGAUCGGCGGUAGAUACCACGUGACAGGGGUGAUGUCAUGGCUCAUCAACAACUGCUCUGCGCGGGGUUUCCCUAAUGUAUUCACACGGGUGACCAGCUACCUUGACUGGAUAUACGAGAAGCUUGAGUACUACGACUGGUGGAGAUACAACUAG